AUGUCAGAAAUAACAUCAAAUUAGCCUCAACUUGAGUCUCAACUCCUCUAUGAAUUAGUGAAUUAAAUCCCAUAACCCAUUAUUCAAAAUCAAUCAUCCCAACAUGUGAAUAUUGAUCCACUUCCUAAACAUGAUCAAAUAUAAUAAACUAAUAACACAGUUGAUCAUAUAAUACAAUUAUUGAUCUAAGAAGAUAAUUAAGAUCCCUAAUAAAGAAAUCAACUCUAACAUUAAUCUCCAUAACCAAUUCAAAACCAAGAACCUUUGUAAUAAGAUGAUUAACCUAUACAUCCUAGGUAAGAUGUUAAUUCUCUUGUCAUAUUGGCUGCAUUAGAAAGUAAUGAUGAAGAUAAAAAGAGUUAAGAAGCAGAUUGCAAAUUACUUUAUAAAAAAAAGAGACAAACUUCAAUUAUUAUUGAUGAUGAUAUUCAAGAUGAUGAUGAAACCACUCCUAAAAAGACAGCAAAGAAUGAAAAAAAUAAUAUUCCUUCUCCUUAAUCAAAUGAUGAUCCCUUAGCCAACUCAUAGAAUGAUUCUGAAAAAUAAGAAGUUGUCUUACCUCCACCCUCAUAAAGAUCCUCUGAAGAAUUAUAACCUGAUAUCUAAAAGCCUUUUGAAAACAAAACUUCUGAAGAUAAAUCUUCUCUGCUUGAAUAAAUGUUUAAACCUGAACCUGCAUUAAAGAAACCUUAAAAAGAGUUCUUCUCUUUUACUUAACCUAUCCCAACCACAGUUUCAUCUUCAAAGAAGAAUAAGAACCCUAUUGUUAUCGAUUCUGAUGAUGAAUUAUAACCACCUCCCAAUAUCAGUAUUCUAAAGCAAAAGAUUGAAGAUACAACUCCAUCCUCAUUUUUCAGAAAAAAACCUAUUGAAAAUUAGACUCCUAUAGAAGUAGGAGAAAAUGACAAUUCCUAGGUUGAAAAAUAAUAAAAAAUCACUUAAUUAUUGUAAUAACCUAUACCUCCUCCAUAAAAUAAGCCAUUGAAUCAAUAACAGAGGAAACAUCAAGCUUUAUUGGAAGAAAUAGUUUAGGAGGAUGAUGGUAUAGUAUAAGAUAUAGAAAAUUAAGAUUGGACUCUAUUUACUCAAUUAAAUAAUAUGAUAGCACCUAAGUUUUCUGGUUAAUUUAGAAUGUUGGAAUACAAAGACAAUCCAUAAGAUAUGAUAAGACUCUUAUUUGGUGAAACUAGAUUUAAAGAUCUAAUGAAAACUUGUUAAACAAGUGAACCUGAAUUCUGGUUAUAUUUAGGAACCAAAUUAAUUAUGGGAUACAUGAGACUACCAGAUAUAAAUGAAUAUUUCUAUGGAGAGGAUUGGAUUGCAGGUGGUGGUAUUAAAUCUAUAAUCACACAAUAACAAUUUGAUGAUAUUGAUUAGAGAGUGGAAAUCAUUUAACCAAAAUUAUAGACAGAAUCUUAAUUAGCAGUUAAAUUGGAGUUCAAUGCUCAAUCAUUCUUUAGACAAGAAUUUCUACCAUAAUUUACUUAAGAAUUAAAUGAUAGAUUUAAGAAAUUAAUAUUACCAGGUUAAGAACUAUUUUUAAUAUCGAAUUUCUAUACUCUAAUUUAUUCAACAAAAAUAUAAUGGUAUCAAUUAAUAGAUAAAGAAUCUGGAAUCAUUUUAUAGUAGUUCUUUUGGGCAACUCCAAUUAAUAAGACAUUAGAUUUAAAUAGUCAUAGAGAUUUACAAAAAAGACUGAGAAUGAUGUUUGAACCUUAUCAUCUAGGAAGACACAUUGUUUAUAGUCAGGGAUUACUCAAUGCUGAAUCAGUCUUACAAUUAUAUUAAUAGAAGAUAUUUGUUUGUACUGAUCUUAUGUAACAUUCAUUAUUACCACAUCCACCAACAGGAGAUUAAUAAGUAUUUUACUCUUCUAAAAAUAAAGAACCUAUUUAUUUAUGUUAUAAGAAUCAAUAAUGGAUUACUUGUGUUUCAUUGCAAUCUUUAUAGUAAAGAAAUCAAUACUUAUAAGAAUUAUCACAAAUGUAAUUCACUGAGGAGAAAAUAGCUAUACAACCCUCAGAACCUGAAAAUACUUCAAUUAAUUCAAAUUCUAAGAUCAUUUUCAUUUUUAUAAUUGAAUCCAUCUUACAUAACAUACGUAUCCUAAAAAAAUAAGAAAUUAAAACAUUUAAAACUGAAUUAGCUCUAUAACUCAUUAAUAAACUUAUUGAUUAUAAGAAUCCAAAACCGUUAUUGAGAAAAGAUGGCUCACUUUAAGUAGAUAAAUCUUGUCAAACAGAUUAAACAGUUGGUAUAGUUAAUGAUCAAUUAUAUCAUUGUCCAAUACAUAAUGGAAAUGCAAGAUGUUAAGUGUGUUUGAGUAAGAGUAUAUUAUCCAAAACAACAGCUUCAUGUUUAGGAUGUAAUAAAGUUUUAGGUACAAAUAUAUUUCUUUGCAUUUAUCCUUGUUUUCGAUUGUUUCAUCUCAAUCCUAAACUAUAUCUAAAAGAAGGUAUGUACUAUUAAAUUGUUUGUGGAUAUGAUUAAUAUGAUUAAGAUUAAGAAGAUGAAGAAGUUGAUCAACAAUUUCUGGAUGCUAAUCUUAGAUUCAAACCAGAUACUUCAGAAUUAGAUUCCAUUUAUGCCAAAUCAUAUUAGGAUUUUAAGAAUAUGAUACCUAUUAAUUAUGAAGAUAAUUAUCAUAAGAAAACUACAAUUGUUGUUAUAUAGAGAGAAAAAGGUGGCAAUCGUAGAGGAGGUGGUAGAGCCAAAGCAUCAAGAUAAUAAUAAUAAUCAAUAUAAAAUUAAGGUGCAUAAGGUAUGAAUAUUUUAUUUAAUUGUUUUAGCUGAAUAAGGUAAUUAAGGUGAUACUUAAGAUGCACCAAAAAAAGUAAGAAAAUAGAAUAAGAAAUCAGUUAAUACACCACAAUAAUAAGGAUAGGCUGAAAAAGAGACUGAUUAAGCUAGUAGUGCAAUGUUUGAUUUUUUCAGCUAAGUCAGAAAAUAAGCAUAUAAGAAACAAUCAUAGCCUUGA